CUGUGGUUGGUUCCAGGCCAUCAGUCCGAAGGGUACUGCCCACAAAGGAGAAGGAUGGAACUACAUGGAUGUCGGGGUAUUUUCUCGAAAAAUAACACUUAAACUAACCUCUUAGGGCUUCUGCCCUCGAGAGAGGGAAUCAAGAUGGCUCAGAAACAAGAAUGGGUUGAAAUCAUUGAGCCUAGGACUAAUGAGCCGAUGUAUGCAAAUCUAAAAACAGGACAAUGCCUGUGGGAACCCCCGAAGGGAGUCAUAGUGAAAAAGGCAGACGAAAGCCAUUGGUGGGAACUAUUUGACCCCAAAACCAAGCGCUAUUAUUACUACAGUGCAGCRUCACAAACAACUGUAUGGCAUAAGCCGAAGGAUUGUGAUAUCAUUCCACUGGCUAAACUCCAGAGCAUGAAGGCCAAAGAGAAGAAACGCCUUGCCAAGUUGAAAGAAUAUAAAAAGGAGAGCAUGGAAAGAAAACGGCGAGAAGGGACAAAUCAAGAUAGAGUGGAUGGGAUGGGAGAUAGUCCAAGACCAAGACGAGAAGGCAGUGGAAGAAGGGAACGAGAAGGCUCAGGGAGUAAAAGGAGAUCAUCUAGAAGAACAAGAACAACUUCAAAGGAACAGGAGAAUGAGAAUACUAAGGACAAAGAGCCCGAGAAGAGUAAAGAAGAAGCAUUAUUUACAUCAGAAACAUCAGCUACAUUAGACAAACAAGAAAGUAAAGAGAGUCUUAACAGUCUUCCUCCUCCUCCGUCAAGACCAGGAUCAUCGAGGCACAAUUCAAUAGAAGGCGCCAGCCCUGAAGGGGACCCAAAUACUGAGGAGGUGCUUGGAAAUAUUACGCCAUCUGGGACCUUAUCGAGGAAUGGCGAAAUGAGUGGGACUCCAUCCGGGACACUCGAGCGAGAAAAGUUGGCUAGUCCAUCGGGAAGUUUCUCUCACAAGUCUAUCUACGACAAUGUCAGUUCACCAGAGAAACCACCUGAGGAGGAGGAGACCACGGUGAACGGUGAUAAUGAGUUAGAUGAAGGUAAUCAUUACUCGAGUGAGGAAUCCCUCAGCUCUCGUCUCCAGGCCGGUGGUAUGCCAGCAGACACCGCUCAUCUCGUCGAAGCCUGUUCACCACCUUCUGAGUACGGCUACAGAUCUCUAAGACAUCAGCGUCAGCACUCUGAUAGCGCUGUAGCUCGAGUAAUGCGUGAGGAAGAAGAGAUGGCGAGAGAAAAAGAGUUAGCCCUGAAAGGUAGUUCCUCAACCUUACCAAGACCAAGCAGGCCCUCCUCAAUAGCAACUACACAGGGAUCCCAUUCUCACCAUAACACAUUGGAACGAUCGCACUCGGUACCAAGCUCUAAACCUCUAUUCCGUGGUCUUGGUGCGUACGAGAAUUACUUCAACCAACACACCAAAGGGAUAUUCAGGCGAAAGAGAGUGUCUAUAGCUAGUAUGAUGUCCUGGUCAAAGGUGCCCAUCAAGAAACCGUUAAUCUUAAUGAAUGACAGACACUUAAAGAGAGAAGCCGUCGAGGUCUUUAAGCUGGUUCUGGCUUAUAUGGGCGAUCGCACUACAAGAGGAAGAGAUUUAGACUCCAUUGCUCUAGAAAUUACGAUCAAGGGCUGGGAAACUGCUCUUUUAAGAGACGAGAUCUACAUACAGCUAUGUAAACAAACUACUGAUAAUGCUAAACCUGAAAGUUUAAGACAAGGAUGGGAACUAAUGGCUAUUUGUUUGGCUUUGUUCCCACCUUCAACAAAAUUCCACUCGUAUUUGAGCGGGUACAUAGCUCGGAACCUAGAAAACGCGGAAUGUGAAAAUAAGGACAUUAUUUCACAUUGUCGUAAGCAGCUUGAAAAAAUCUCUCGAACGGGACCAAAAAGAGGUCUUCGGAAACCAACUUCGGAAGAAAUUCGACAGGCGAGGCAUUAUAUUUUCUAUCCAUCAAUGUUUGGUUCUCGCUUGGACGAAAUUAUGGAAGAACAAAAGUCAAGAUUCCCGGAGCUAAAACUGCCUUGGAUUCUAACAACAUUGGCAGAGCUCGUCCUUCAAAAGAACGGCUCGCAAUCAGAAGGAAUAUUCAGGGUACCCGGAGAUAUAGAUGAAGUUAAUUCCUUAAAAAUCCAGCUGGAUCAAUACGAGACACCACACUGGGUCUCAGACCCCAACGUUCCAGCCUCUUUACUAAAGCUUUGGUUUAGAGAGCUGGAAGAACCACUCGUGCCUCCAGAAUAUUAUGAAAGAUGUAUAAUGAACUGUGAUGAUUCGACCGUGGCUACAGCCAUAAUCCUGUCGCUACCGGAAAUCAACCGACUUGUUCUAUCAUAUCUCAUACGCUUCUUACAGAUUUUUUCGCUGCCGGAAGUGAGUUCCGUGACCAAGAUGGAGGUUAAUAAUCUAUCGAUGGUUUGGGCGCCAAAUUGUCUCCGAUACCCCGAGGAUAACCCGUUACAAAUGUGGGAAAACACACGCAGAGAAAUGACCUUUUUACGAACUUUAUUGUGGAAUUUAGACACUAGUUAUAUGGAGGGUAUACGAUAAGAUUUUAGAAUUAUUAUUAUUAUUAUCAAUAACAAAUUAAUGAAAUCAUAAUGAUAUCUAAUGUUCAUCUGAGACCUCAUCGACUCGUUCCCCUGUAUUUUCUUGUCUCCUGUCCCCACGGGGUGUUUGUCACCGGCAUUCCUUGGUUGCAUGGAAAACUGGUAACAAGUAGGAAGCGCGCUGAAUCAUGGGUCAUUUUUUUCAAUAUUGUGCAAAGCUUAGCAAACGUUCUUGAAAAACAGACCGAAAACAAGCCAGUGUGACUCAAUUAAAAAACUUAAACCUGUAAAACGAAAAAGACAAAUUAAAUGGCGUCCCUAACAGUCCCAUCAUUCAGCGCGCGUUCAACUCGUUACCACCUUUUCCUCGCACUCGGCAUUUGAGUUGCCAGCACUUGGUCGAUGUUUUAUAGCCUGGGGAAGAGUAUGUAUCAAGUUGUCAUGAUUCGCUAUUUCGGUCACGUGGAUGGUGUCACGUGAAUAAUGGCCAUCUUUAAAUCACAUGUUAAUACUCUUGCGUAUCACGUGGUCAUGACGUGUAACUUUUAUACUUCAAGAUGAGUUCCCUGUGUUCAAAGCUUCAAACAAAUAUCAAGAAUUCUUUAGUUCUUAGUAAACUAAAACAACUUUUUCAGAAAUAUAACUCCUUAUGCUGCGUUCAUAAUGUAUGGCAGAGGGGAAGGGGGAGGUGAAAAACAACCCCCCUCAAAGUCAUGCAAAAAAAUACAAUCCCCCCUAAGCAAGGCUUGUAGCUUCUUCCAAAAAUUGUGCAUCCCCCCCAUUUUUCUGACAAAAAAUUGCCCUUCCCCCCCUUUUUCCUACCAAAAUUUUCCCGAUCCCCCCUCAAUUUCACCUACCCCCCUCUCUGCCAUACAUUAUGAACAAAGCCUUAUUAUUUGCUAAUGUAAAAAGCACUAGCAAUAUCCAGAAGUUUCUUGAAAUUGUACAGAAUAUAAAGGUCUAUUGGUCGGAUGGGGUGUUUGACUGAUUAUUAAUGUUGCAUCAAUAUAUAAUUAUUUCUAUAAAGUAAAAGUUUUUAAAAAAUUGAAAAUUUUACGCAACGAAUUGAAUUACAUCCUCGUGUCUGUGUUUGGUUGUGCCUGGGGUCCCGGGUAACAUGCAACGAAUUGAAUUACAUCGUGUUUGGUUGUGCCGGGGGUCCCGGGUAAAAUGCAAGUGAUUCCGAGGGAAUAUAGCUGCCAAUCGUGAUUGGAAUACGUAGUUUGGCUGCAGAAACACAUUUUCCCUUCACAUGCGCGAUUAUCUGUAACAGAAAAGACAAAUCUGUUAGCAUCAGUAACGUAACCUAGUGUCAUACAAUCUGCUUAACAAAGAACUUAUCUCGCAAUCUUAAAUCAAGCGUCGUCGUCAUCAUAGCGAGAAGUGGAAUCGAGUUCUUUUUUUAAAAACUAUUACGGCAAGAAUUUCAAGACUUUGCCUUGUGUAAAGCCCCGUUUACACUAUCGACUUUUGCUGCGAUUUUGUUGCGAUUUUGUCCAUAAUAAAUAAUGGUAAAGAAUUUACUUGUAAAGUUUAUUUCAGGAUACCAAUAUUUUCCUACACGAAUGUCUCUCUUGAAGGAUGAGACAAAAGAUUUUAUAUUUCCGAAAAUUGCCACAAAAAUCGCCGCAAAAUCGCCAGUGUAAACGGGGCUUAACAAGCCCACCUUUCUGCACCUUGCCUUGUUUAACACGAUCCCUUCCUGCAAACCUGUCUCGCAACGAUUUGUUAUGCCAGCUAAUAAUAAUUAUUAAUCACUUUGGUCAUUAAACAUAACGUAGUGUAAUA